GAGAGGCCGCCUGCGGUCGAUCCGCUUGAGUUAUAGGUCGGUGAGUGUGCGCAUGCGCACGCGCAAGCUCGGCCCAGCAUUAAAGCAUCUUCAACGGCGAGAGCGAGAAAAAGAGAUGCAACAAUAGAAGUUUCCAAUUGUGUUAAAGAGGGAACGAGGGCGAGUCGGCGACAUGCAGGGGAACCAAAAACCAAAAUGAUUAAGUCCGCGUGCUCUCCCUCAGCCGCGCGGAGGAUCGGCAUGAUUACAUAGGAUUGACUGGGUUUUUUUCUCGUACACGGACAAGGAGAGAAAAGUUUGGCGAGUUUGAGAGAAGUAUGGCGCGGGAGAUUGGAGACGCUGGAGCGGCCAAAAGUUCAACAACAACCACCAAAAAACAGCACAAGAAGAGGAAAGGAAAAGAGAGCAAGACGCGGACAGUACACUCCAAUAUUUUAUACGACCACGCCAAAGGAGAGGAUAACCCCAACAGACACUAUGCAAACAACAAGAUUAAGACCACCAAAUACACCCUGCUCUCCUUCAUACCAAAGAACCUCUUCGAGCAGUUCCACAGAUUCGCCAACGUGUAUUUUGUUUUCAUCGCUUUGCUGAACUUCGUGCCCGUGGUGAACGCUUUCCAGCCGGAGCUGGCUCUCGCUCCUGUGGUCUUUAUUCUGUCUGUAACCGCUAUAAAGGACCUGUGGGAGGAUUACAGGAGACACAGAUCAGAUAAAGAAAUAAAUCAUAUGGAUUGUCUGGUUUACAGCAGGUCUGAGCGGCGCUACGUGGAACAGUACUGGAAGGAGAUUCGGGUGGGAGACUUUAUUCGUCUGCGCUGCAACGAGAUCCUGCCCGCUGAUGUGCUGCUGCUGAGCUCCAGUGACCCUGACCGUCUGUGCCACAUUGAGACGGCUACACUGGACGGAGAGACUAACCUCAAACAGAGACAGGUGGUCCGAAGCUUCAUCGACCUGGACACGGAGUUCGACCCCCUAAAGUACAAUAGCGUCAUUGAAUGCGAGAAGCCCAACAAUGACCUGAACAGAUUUCGUGGUUACAUAACUCAUCGCAAUGGGAGGAGAGAUGGGCUGUACAAAGACAACCUGCUACUCAGAGGCUGCACCAUCCGCAACACCGAGGAGGCCGUGGGCAUCGUCAUCUAUGCAGGCCACGAGACCAAAGCUAUGCUAAACAACAACGGUCCACGCUACAAACGCAGCAAACUGGAGCGUCAGAUGAACGUGGACGUCUUCUGGUGUGUCAUCAUCCUGCUGGUCAUGUGUCUGUUCUCAGCCAUCGGUCACGGCCUGUGGAUGUAUCAGUAUGGAGAUAAGCGGCCGGUGUUUGACGUUCUGAGUCCUGAGGGAACGGAUUUAUCUCCUGUGGUCUCGGCCAUAUAUCUCUUCCUCACCAUGAUUAUAGUGUUUCAGGUGCUGAUUCCCAUCUCUCUCUUCGUCUCUAUUGAGAUUGUAAAGAUCUGCCAAGUGUUCUUCAUCCAUCAGGACAUGGAGCUGUACGACGAGGAGACAGACUCUCACCUGCAGUGCAGGGCGCUGAAUAUCACGGAGGACCUCGGCCAGAUGCAGUACAUCUUCUCUGAUAAGACUGGAACGCUCACUGAGAACAAGAUGGUGUUCCGCCGCUGCACUGUGGCAGGAGUGGAGUACUCACACGAUGCCAACGCGAGAAGAAUCGCUAUGUACCAGGAGAUGGACUCUGAGGAGGAGGAGUGCCUGUCUCAUGGUGGAACUCUGCCGAGGAGAGAGAGCCUGUGCAGCCAGCACAGCGGUAAAGUGGUCCUGCGCUCUCAGAGCACUAAAUCCCACCGCCGCACAGGGAGCCGCGCUGAAGCCAAGCGAGCCAGCAUCCUGUCCAAGCACACAGCCUUCAGCAGCCCUAUGGAAAAAGACGUCACUCCAGAUCCUCAGCUGCUGGAUAAAGUGAAUGACUGUGGCAGUCAGAUGGAGUUCAUGCGCUUCCACAGUCAGCUCCUCAACCAGAUCCCGCCUGACCUGUGUGACGUCUUCGACUUCUUCAUUGCCCUCACCAUCUGCAACACUGUGGUCGUCUCCUCACCCAACCAGCCUCGGCAGAAGGUGCGCCGUUUUGAGCUGAAGUCUCCAGUGAAGACCAUUGAGGACUUCAUCAAGCGCUUCACACCAAGUCGUCUAACCUCAGGCUCCAACAGCAGCAGCUCCUCGAGUCUGGCCACCAACCGUUCAUCCUCUCAGCGAGUCUGUUCCAGCAUGCUGUCCUCCCCCUCAGCCGAGAGCACCCUGACCAAGCUGGACGAGGAACGUCUCCCGGCUCAGUGCCUCCAGCAGGCCUUCAGCCCCGUCCCGCCCAACUACGAUCAGGACAAGGCGUCUGCCCCAGCCGAGUGUGAGCUGCGCUAUGAAGCAGAGUCUCCAGAUGAGGCGGCUCUGGUGUACGCUGCCCGUGCCUACAAGUGCUCCCUGGUGGGCCGUCUUCCCGACCAGGUGACAGUGGAGCUGCCGCACCUAGGCAAGCUGACCUUCGAGCUGCUGCACACUUUAGGCUUCGACUCCACUAGGAAGAGGAUGUCGGUGGUGGUCCGUCACCCACUCACUGAGCAGAUCACAGUCUACACUAAAGGAGCUGACUCUGUCAUCAUGGACCUCAUCAGACCACCUACAAGAGAUGAUUCCAAAGGAAAGCGUCAGAGGAAGGUUUUGUACAAAACUCAGAACUACCUGAACCUGUACGCCGCAGAUGGACUUCGCACUCUCUGCAUCGCCAAGAAGGUCCUCAGUAAAGAAGAGUAUGCUGGCUGGCUGCGGCGCCACCUAGAGGCGGAAGCAGCUAUCCAGGGCCGGGAGGAGUUACUGUUCGAGUCUGCACUGCGGCUGGAGACUGACCUCCAUCUGUUAGGAGCAACAGGUAUAGAGGACCGGCUGCAGGACGGGGUGCCGGAGACCAUCGCAGCUCUGAGGAGAGCAGGGCUGCAGAUCUGGGUGCUGACUGGGGAUAAACAGGAGACAGCCAUCAACAUCGCUUACGCCUGCAAACUGCUGGACCCAGAGGAGGAGAUCAUCACUCUCAAUGCUGACUCUCAGGAGGCUUGUGCUGUAUUACUGGAUGAAAGCCUCCACUACAUCCAGGCCAAAUUCUUCUGCAGUUCUUCAGCUGACCCCCAUGCAGCCAGGGCGUUCCAGCAGGACUACACUGCUGUCCACUUCCCCGCUCCUCCUGCCUGCUCCCCGGCCUCCUCUGGGGCAGCCAGCACUUUCCUGGUGCACCGGCUGGGCUUGGUAAUUGAUGGACGCACCCUGGCCUAUGCUCUGGACAAGAGCCUGGAGGAUAAGUUCCUGGCCGUGGCUCGAAGCUGCAGGUCAGUCCUGUGCUGCCGCUCCACGCCCCUGCAGAAGAGCAUGGUGGUCAAACUGGUGCGCAACAAGCUCAAGGUCAUGACCUUGGCCAUAGGUGAUGGGGCUAAUGAUGUCAGCAUGAUCCAGGUGGCGGAUGUUGGAGUGGGCAUCUCUGGACAGGAGGGCAUGCAGGCAGUGAUGGCCAGCGAUUUCGCCCUCCCUCGGUUUCAGUACUUGCAGAAGCUGCUUCUGGUUCAUGGGCACUGGUGCUAUUCUCGUCUGGCCAAUAUGAUACUCUACUUUUUCUACAAAAAUGCAAUGUUUGUGGCCCUCAUCUUCUGGUAUCAGUUCUACUGUGGAUUCUCUGGUUCAGCCAUGAUCGAUCAGUGGUAUCUGAUCUUCUUCAACCUGAUGUUCUCUGCGUUCCCCCAGCUCAUCACUGGCACUCUGGACAAAGACGUGUCAGCAGAGACCCUGCAGGAGCUACCUCAGCUUUAUAUGAGUGGACAAAACUCUGAGGAAUAUAAACCGUACAUGUUCUGGAUGAACAUGAUCGAUGCAUUCUACCAAAGUCUUGUCUGCUUCUUCAUCCCCUACUUUGCGUAUGCUGACUCAGAUGUGGAUCUGUUCACCUGGGGCACCCCCAUCACUACACUCGCCCUCUUCACCAUUCUGCUGCACCUGGGCAUCGAAACGAAAACCUGGACCUGGAUGAACUGGGCAUCCAUUGCAUUCAGCAUAGCGCUGUUCUUCACAGUGGCCCUGUGCUACAACUCCUCCUGUCCCACCUGUUACUCCCCUUCCAACCCCUACUGGACCAUCCAAAGACUUCUGGGAGACCCUCUCUUCUAUCUGCUGUGUAUCGUCACUCCAAUCGCUGCUCUUCUGCCCAGAUAUUUCUAUCGAAUCUGUCAAGGAUCCUUGUUCCCCAGUCCGAUGCUGGUUGGAAGACAGCUGGACAAACUGCCGCUGGAGAUUCGCAGACACUACCUGAACCAGAGCAAGAUGAAGCUGGGCUCUGUGGGGGCAGUGCAUCCCCCUCGCCCUCAACUUUUCCCUUUCUGCAGGCCUUUCUUUAAAGACUGCAGCUCUCGGAUCCGGCACACACACAGCAGCAGCAGCACCACCACCAAACAGAAGGACAAAGCAGGACAAAGUAAUCCUGUCCACUCGAAGAGCAUGGAGAUGAAGGACACGCCGGUCAGGUCAAAGAACCCUGAGAAUCCUACCGCACGCGCUCGGAAAGGAAGCGGCAGCAGGGCGGGGAAACAGGGCUCAGGAAGCCCCUGUUCUGAAACUGUAGACUCUAGAGGCCAGACCACCGGUUCAGAUGGCCUAACAGAGAGCCACACAUUACCCUACCCAAAAGACUCUCCUCAUGCUGGAGAGAUCUCCCACCCUGCAGGCCCAGACGCCUCCCUGAGCCCAGAACAGUCCAGUCCUGAACGCAGCUGGCUCACCUCCACACCUCUGCUGCCUCAGACAGAGAGUGUGCAGCUCAUAUCGCCCCCUAGUGGGGGUCCUCCAGGAGUGACUUAUACAAAGAACCAAGAGGUUUUGGAUUGCUCAAACCAAAGCCUUCUGCUACAGAAAGGUGGUGUAGAUCCCGCCCACUUACCAGACUGUCCCAAAGAACACUCCCCUCCACCCUCCAGAGUAAAUCAUCUAUGAUGCCUUCUACAUAUCUGUUACUACAGACCAAAUUUGCACGUUAGCUCUAAGAAAUUUUAUUGUAUUUUUCAGGAGAGGUAUUUUAUAAAGCUAUAGAUGGGUACUAUACAUAUAAUAUUUUAGAUGUGUAAAGUUCAGAAUAAAGAUUAUUUUUAUGAGAGUAGGCGACCGAUGCAAACUGGAUGUUCUUACCAUAUUUUUUACAUUUUACUAUGAAGUGCUGUUUUUGUUCUGGUUUUUUUUUUUUUUUUACGUGUUGUUAAUGAGCCGUUUCAGCUCAUGUGGAUUUAAUUCGGAGCAUUACUUUUUCUGUUACUUGGACCUGCAUUAUGCGCCGGGUUCCAACUCUUCAAAAUGUUCCAUCAAAUGUACAAAACAGCACUACAGCCAUCGUUUUUCUUGAAUCUCUUUACCGUUUAUGAGAACCACGUUGCCUUGACGGAAGAAAUAUCAUAUCUCCCAUAUAUUGUUUUAAAAUUUAAGCUUUGACACUUGAACAGUAAAGCUGUACAUUUUUUACUUUUUUGUCGCAACUUAUCCCCCACCCAAUCACCAUGUACCUUACUCCUAACCUUCAGUAAGCACAAACUGUACAUGCAACAACCCUCCCCCAAACACCCUCCCUGUAGAUCAGAUAUGCACACAACAAAAUGCACACUGUAGCUGAAUGCUGUGUGUGCAUCAGCUUCCCGUAACACACUACAGAGUCUUGAGAGUCUUGAGAGAGGUGAACUAUGCCAAUAUUUCAUGUCCUUGCAUCAUGACAGGCUUGUUGAAGUUUUGCCAGAUUUGCAUAAAAAACAUGAAAUUCACCCCCACCACCCUCCUCCUCUUCCUCCACACCAUCCCGUCUUUACUGAGCAACAUAGCAAUGCACCGCUGCUGAGCACCGGUUCUCUUCGCUUUCUGAUGCACACGCGUAAACGAUGCUUGCAUCAUUUCCAGCCAAAGAUAUGAGCAUUUAUUAUAUGGCUUAUUUUGGAAUAUAUGCGCUGCUUCUUUUUGUAUCAGAAACAUCGUCUCUUUAGAUAAUCGUUUUGUAAUUGGAGCUGAAUCGAGCUGGAAUUUCAUACCUUAUAAUGCCAACUUUUCAUUCAGGUUUUUUUGUGAUGUACAUUUCAAAAACAUUUGUUUGUAUUUUAAGUGCAUUUAUUAGAUUUGAUUCUGACAGAAAAGCUGUUCUGGGUCAGUGUAACUUUAGCAGUUUAAUUUUCUGACUGUAUCAAGCUAAAUUCAAACUGAAGAAGAAAUUGGUUUUCAUCCAAUUUUUCAGUUAUUGAGUUUUUCAUUUCAGCCUUUUGCAAACAGAAUUUCAAGAAAGAUUAAAAAUUGAAUCUCCUCUUGAUUUUCAAAUUUGUCCAUUUUUGUAUCUUGUAACACAAAUCCGAUGGUAAAAUUAAACUAGAAUUAAAAUGCAAAAAUUAAAAAAUCAGAAAAUAAAGAAAAGAUUAAUUUUUUAUUUUUCCUGAAAUUACGAUUGUGAGGGGCAGAGAUGAAAAAACUAAAAUUGGAAAAAUGGAUGAAAACUUAUUUCUUGUACACUGCACUACAUUUAAAAAACGAAAUAUUAAGUUUUUACAUCAAUUUUCUAUUUCUUCAUUCAGCCUUAAAAUUAAAUUAAUAAACAUUACACUGACCAUUCUGCAUCUGCCACAAUCUGUUUAUCUGGUUAUCCCUGUCCCUGUUUUAGAUGCUGUUCAAGUAGGCCUGUCACAAUAAUAAUGUAAGCGAUUUAUCAUGCAAUAUAUUUGCUGGCAUCAAAAAAAUUCCAUGUUGGUUUAUUUCAACAGUAUUUUAGCUAGCCGUGCAUUAAUGACCAGUGCGGCCUCUCAUAAACUAUUAAUUAUUCAUUAAAGGUUUAUCCCUUAAAAUGUAUAAUUGCAUUAUUAUGCUAUUUUAUUAUCAUUCGAUCAAUGGAAUUAACUGGUUAUAUUUUUAUAAUAAAUUAUUUAUCGCAAAAAAAAUGAAUGGUUAUCGUGACAGGCCUCCGUUCUGUGUUUUGUAUCUCAUUGUCCGUGUCCUCGACCAAAGACGCAACAAGCACACAUUUAAGUUUGAUGAAUUCUUGAUGGUGUUUUUUUACAGUACUGAUAGAGCAUCUGCAGAUUUCUGUCAGUCUCUGCUGGAAAGCUUUGCUUUAUUAUUUUUGUUUGUUUGUUUGUUUGUUUGUUUUAUUAUGUUUCAGUUUAUCCAUCACCACUUGAGCUGUUACUGUUCAUCAUACCUUGCCAAUACAGGAAGCACUAUAUAUAAAUGGUUGUCUGUGUUUAUGACCUCAGGCCCUCAGGAAAAAGCCUGCACAGUGCAGGAAUAGAGGACUCUGUUCCAUAUAAACAUUCCAUUUCUGUCUCUGUCUGCUUUAUUUUGGCCGGCUGAUACGCGAGGCCGAGCAGAGCGGUGAAAUUCCUCGUGAUUUAAAACCUGUAACAAUGUGCAAUGCUGGGUCAGCCAUCAGGUUCACCCAAGUGCCUGUGUUAGAUAACAUCAUCCAGGAGGAAAAAACAGCCUGUAAUGCAGAAAAAAGAAGCCAAGGGCGUGUGUGACUUCUGAAAGAGCCCCGGUUGGACACUAAAUUAUGCUUUAUGAGAGAUUGCUGCUGAUCAUUUGUCACUUUUGUCCUUUUGUAACCUCGGGGUUUGUGUAGUAAGUCAAUGAGUCUUAUCAAAUUUUCCGAAUACCUGAUUUAUGAAGCGGCUGUCGAGAGAAUUGUGGCAUUUCUCGAGCAUGGGAUGCAGUUAUUAUGUGGUUAGCUUAGUGUGAACUGUUUUGUUUACGGUUAAGAUAUUAAAACUCUGCUCAAUUUGUACUUUUUGUACUGUUGAUGUUUCCCGUUACAAUGGUUUUGGAUUAUUUGAAAGUGAUUUCACACUUUUUGUUCGUUUUUCUGGUCCGAAUCAGUUAGCGAGUUCUUGGAUUAAAUUGGAUUAUUUUCCUGUUGGUUUGGUUUGUUUUCACACAAGAAAACCUGCAAGUGCAGCAGAAUGCAUCACAACAAAGCCAUGUGAGCAUGAUGUCUCCUCUUAUUGGUCAGAGCUGUCUGAGGCGGAGCAAGAAAGAAAAUACAAAAUAAAGGUCCUGUGUUCUAGAUCAUUGCAAAUUUCAAUGCAGUUUAAUGUGGAGUUGUUGUAUUAGUUCAUAGCUGUAGUUAUUAUGUGGGUAAUAAACCAAGUUAAACUGCACCUGAACAGCCGUUUAGCCUAAACAUGAGGAUAUAUAUAUAUAUAUAUUUGAUAGUCGGGUCGGAUCAAGGUCUGAUCAUGUUCUCACUACAAAUUAACCGCUUUGGAUUUAGUUUGGGACCACCUUCUCUGAAGUCUGCACCAGGAGUCUGUUUUAACUGGACUGAAUAGUGCUGGAAAACACCCAAAGACAACCAACACAGAUUCCAAUCCUGAAUACAACUUGAUCCGGUUCAUUGAUUUAUUGUUAAAUAUGGGAUGCAUUUGUCCAUUUUGUUGGGAUUAUUUUAGUUUUUCUCUGUUUGUUUUGUUUUAUUUUCCAUUUUUUCCCCUCUCUCUCUGACAUUAAACUGUUCUUGGGGGUAGACCAGCAUUUUUCCUCUCACACCAAAAGCUUUGCACAGUGUCUAAAUAGCAGAUGAGAAGCAGAAAACAGCAAGCACACAAGAACCUUGUCCUGAAGUCUGAAUAAGUGCCUUGUUUGGGUGUGAGCGCUCUGCUCAGGUUGGGGGAAGUUCAGAGUCGUGAGCAAAGCAGCGACGGCGGCGGCGGCAGCAGUAUUGUGUGUGCAGCAUGUUUGGUUUAUACUUUUAUAAACACCUUUUUUUUUUCUACUUUCUACAGAAGAAAAUAUCUAAAGCUUUAUACUACACAGGGAAAUGAGCAAUGUUUUUAUGUUGUAUGUCCUUUAGCUGUAUGUUGUAUGAGCUUUAGUGACAUAUAAAGCUUCAGAUUUAUAUAUAUAUAUGUGUGUGUGUGUGUGUGUGUAUACUCUCAGUGGCACUUGUAUUGUAAAAUUUGCCGAAUGCCUUAACACUGGACACAAUGCUAUUUUUAGACAACAAUUGCCUUAUAGUACAUUUUAUAUACAAUGUAUAUAGAGCUAUUUGACAGUUUUAACAUUAACCAAUGUUUAAUAAACUUUUUGUUUUAAAUGAAGUGUUUUUUUUUUUUUGUUUUGUUUUGUAAAAGGUCUGAGCAUUUCCCUGUAUUUAUUUUCUUUGUUUGUUCAUUUUGUUGAUAUGAACACACUCAGUUGAGUCCCUCCCUGGUGCCAGAUUUCAGUUCAGUUCGCCUGCCUGCAGAGAAUCACAUGCUGUAAUAGAAUUAAUUCUCAGCUGCAUUCCUCAGUGUAGCGUUUAGCUGCAGGGGAAGCAGCCAGAAUGAAUGCUCACUCUGAUUUGGCCCUGCACAUGUAACCACUGGGUACACUUUGUUCACAUAAUGUGCCUGUUGACGGUGUCACUACUGUCACUGUGUUCCUGGAUCACUGUACUGUAAUUGAGUUCACUGACAUUCCAAAGUUUUGUUCUUCACUGUUUUUAAGGCCCCUCUUCAGAAAAAGUCACUGUUUCUCCACUGGUUGUGUGUUUGUUCCCGCUGUGUUGGUUCUUCUGUUGGACAAGGAUGAUUCUGGACUUGUCUCCAUACUGAAAUAAAAAAACAAAUGGAAA